CAACUCGCUCCGUGUCACGUGUAUUCUAGCGAGCUCACGAGUGCCAAGCCUUACUCGGCGGGCCUACCCAGAAGGAGAAUGUCGGAGUGGACAGCUCCUCCUAGGAGACAUAGGUCCCUGGCUCUGAUGACCCUAGUCAAUAUAAGCACCACCCUCUUCCCCCACAAUGAAGCCAGAAUCGAUUCCUCUGCGCCCUUCACCCAAACACGACAAUGGCUGAGAGCACCAUCGUCCUCAUCACCGGCGGAAACACAGGCCUUGGCUACGAGUCCGUCAAAGCUCUCUACGGAUCCCCCAAAGGACCGUACACCAUCUUCCUUGGCGGUCGAUCAAUCGAGAAAGUCCACGCUGCCAUUGCUCGUCUAAAGAACGAGAUCCCAGACUCAGCGAGCAGCCUCUUGCCGCUGCAGGUCGACAUCGAGAGCGACGAGUCCAUUGCCGCCGCCUUCGAAAACGUGAAGUCGCGCGUGAGCCAUAUCGACGUACUAAUCAACAACGCGGGCGCCAUUUUCGACAAUGAGAUCGACGAAACCCCGGCCUCCAUCCGCGCGGGCAUGAUCAAAACCUACAACGUCAACGUCGCCAGUACCCAGGUCAUGACCGUCGUGUUCGAGCCCCUGCUCCUGAAAUCCGCAAAUCCGCGCCUCCUCUUUGUGACGUCGGGCCUCUCGUCUUUUACGACUGCGGCCGCGGGGCUCAAUCGGCCAAACACGAUGGCGUACCGCACGAGCAAGACGGCGUUGAACAUGCUGAUGUGGGAGUGGUGUGUUAGACUCAAGGACUCGCCGGCGAAGAUAUGGUGCAUUUCGCCGGGCUUGCUCAGUACGGGGUUACUUGGGGCGUUAAUAGGAAACGAUGACGUGGAGAGUAUGCGGCAGAUAGGUGCGGAAGGGCCGGAGGCUGGAGGGGUUUUUGUCAAAGAUGUUGUGGAGGGAAUCCGGGACAAUGAGGUUGGGAAGGUUGUGGAUCGGGCGGGCGUGCAGCCGUGGUAGGUUCUAGAGUGGGAGAAUGGGCUGCUGUCCAGCUCGCCCAUGGACAGAACUCCGCUUUAUACAAUUACAGCCGAAAAAUGAUAGAACUUCGUACGUAUUUAUGAACUGGG